AAGUUGGUAACACGUUACUCACGAGUGAAAAUAUUUCAAAAAUGCAGGCCUAUAUAGCCUUGCACCUUUCUUAUUGAGCUGUGUUAAAACUGCAGUGGGGCGCCAUAUAUCAUUGACACGACAAAGACGCACACGGACAAUAAUAUUGUAUGGUGAAUGUAUGUGCUGGUGUGACGCGUGUCGGUCCGCUACCAAUCGAUAAUAAUAUUAUUCCAUUCCUAAAAAGUCAAUAGUAUAAAUAUAAAUCUAUAACACGUCAUCAUCCUGCAAAAGUGCAUACAAAACCACUGAUUUAAUUCGAUACACGGAAACAUGUGCGGGUGCGGAAGUAGUACAGAUGAAAGGGAUAACGGUGAUAGAUACUACUACCCUCGUAAACGUCUUCAUGAAAAUUGCUCAGACUGCAGACAUUUUGUCGACCCCGUCACAUAUGCUGGCAGGAGAACUAGAAACGGUGGCGGUGGCGGUUAUUACGACGGUGGUACUUACGCCGGUGAGCUUCGUCACGGUGGUGGAGAUAUUUUUGGCGGCGGAUGCGACGUCGGAGGUGACUAUUAUGGCGUCGGCGGAGGUGACCACGGCGGCGGCGGCGGAGGUGACAGCGGCGACAGGGGUGGUGGUGGAUGUGACGGCGGCGGUGGUGGAGGUGACAGCGGUGGUGGAGGCGGAGGUGAUUGUGGCGGCGGAGGCGGAGGUGACUGCGGCGGCGGCGGUGGUGACGGCGGUGGCGGUGGCGGCGACUAGCUAACGUUUUUACAUGACAGUUUUUUUUCAAAUAAUUCACUUACGAAUAGAUCUAUAAAUAUAUUAUACCUACCUAAAAUUUUAAUUUAAUACCAUAGGUAGGUAAUACCUACUGGCAACUUCCUACCGAUUAAACAUAAUAAUAUUUAUUAGGUAAUACAAUACAAUAAUACAUACCAU